AUGGAGAUAGAUGAUUUUUUACACGUUGGUGAAAACAUGGGAGAUAGUACCUAUCAGCAGAAAGGAGCGUCCAACGGUAUUCACACUAGCAAAUCUUUAGAGAAGAUUCGACUUCUGAAAAAAGAUAGAUCGAAUAAAAAAACAUUAAAGAAUUUUUUCAAGCUUUCAAGCAACAAAGAGGAGACUGUUCGUUUUUGUGAACUGUUUCGCUUUGCUGACACACGUGACAAGGUCAUGAUGGUAGCAGGCUUUAUACUGGCAGCAAUCAACGGCGCUAUGCACACGCUAAACAUGGUCCUGUACGGUCAGUUUGUUGGGUCAUUCGUUGAACAGGGAUAUUUGGACAACGUUGAUAAGGCUAGCUUUGAAAAUUCGAACCUCUCCCCCUUUAACGAUCAAUCGUAUGAAGUUAAGUAUCCUGACAGGCUAGAAAAGACAGAUAGAUAUAACAUUUUUGUGUCCCUGGUUGUCCAGAGCUUCACUACUGCUGUGAAGUCGGACGUAAAUCUGAUCUACAGAGCUAUUGAAACAAACCUUCCCAUGGCCUCACAAUGGUUUGCCUCCAGUAUUGUUGGUUUCAUCAUCACUUUUACCUUCGGUUGGAAGCUGGCCUUGGUGAUGUUGUGUGCCUUCCCCGUUCUCAUUGGUGGAGCAGCUGUAGCCAAUAGGAGUAUCGGUAAAACCAGCAUCAAGGAGAGAGAGGCUUACGCCAGGGCUGGGGUUGUGGCUGAACAAGCCUUCUCCAACAUAAGGACAGUCGUGGCUUUUGGUGGGGAGGAAAUAGAGGCAAAGAGAUAUCAUGAGAACCUAAAACACGCUAAAAAAUUCGGAAUAGAGAAAGGGAUUGUCAAUGGUCUAGGACAAGGAAUGCUGUGGUGCAGUGUUUUCUUGGGCUAUGCGCUGGGCAUCUACUACGGUGGUCAGCUGAUCAGAAGCGGCGAGUACACAGUGAGCUCUACAGUUGUGAUUUUCUUCUCCACCUUCAUCAGUGCUGUGUAUUUGGGCUAUGCUAUUCCCGCGACAAACGGUAUCUACGUUGCAAUGGCUGCGGCAGUCAAGAUUUAUAGAGUUAUUGAUAAGAAAUCGUUGUGUGACAGCAGCUCAGCAGAAGGUGAAAUGCCGACGCAAGUAAAUGGAGAAAUUCUUUUCCAAAAUAUUUUUUUCUCAUACCCAUCAAGACCCGCGGCACAGGUUGUGAGUGGCAUUGACCUCCACGCCCUCAAAGGUCAAACUGUUGCUUUAGUUGGGGCUAGCGGCUCAGGGAAGUCUACUAUUAUACAACUCUUGUUGCGGUUUUACAAACCGAAUAUUGGUCAGAUAUUAAUAGACGGCCAUAACAUUGAGAGCUUAAACCUCCGAUGGUUACGUCAGCACAUUGGUCUAGUCAGCCAAGAACCGGUACUCUUUGCUACGACAAUCGCCGAAAAUAUCCGGUACGGUCGUAAGGAUGCAAGCAAGGAAGACAUCAUUGAAGCAAGCAAAAUGGCAAACGCCUAUGACUUUAUUAUGGCACUUCCACAACGAUUCGAGACGUAUGUAGGCGAACAUGGCGCCCAACUAAGUGGAGGACAGAAACAGAGAAUCGCCAUCGCCCGAGCUCUGGUCAAGGACCCAAAAAUUCUUUUGCUGGACGAGGCGACCUCAGCACUGGACACUGAGAGUGAGGCCAUCGUACAAGAUGCUCUAGAUAAGGUCAGCAAAGGCCGAACAACGAUUAUCGUCGCUCAUCGACUUUCGACCAUUCGUAACGCUGACAAGAUAGUGACGCUGUCCAAAGGUCGAGUGGUGGAGGUGGGCACCCACACGGAGCUGAUGGACAAACGGGGAGUUUACUACAACCUCGUUUCUUCACAGGUCAGAUCUUCGUUAAACACAUUGUUUUAUAUAAUGAAACAGUCUAAUGAAUCAACGGAGUGUGACCACCUAGAUAACCAACCAGCUCAACUUAUCUCUAAACAGCUGUCCAUUGAACUCACACACAUUUCACCAGAUGAAAAAGGGAAAGAAAACAUUCAAGGAAGUAAACCCAUGUCGACUAGACACAUGUUCUUACGUUUGAUCAAACUUAACUCCCCUGAAUGGAUUUUCAUCUUUUUCGGAACACUGGCCAGUAUCAUCAGUGGGGCUGUGAUGCCGCUUUGGUCAAACCUGUUUGCCAUCUUCACUAAGAUUUUGUCUUAUCCCGAUAAACAAGAGCAAGAAAAUUCUAUCAACAUAUUAUGCCUUAUGGUUGUUGGGUUGGGGAUUCUGAACUUCAUCGGGAAAUUUUUACAGGACUCCAUGUUUGGUGUUUCAGGGGAAUCUCUCACAACUCGAUUAAGGGACAUUUUCUUCCGUUCAUCACUUCGACAGACCUUCACCUCAGCAAUGGGGCUGACCAUCAACUCAGUCUCUGUGAUUGCGAUUGCCCUAGGGUUUGCCUUCUACUAUUCCUGGAAGUUAGCGUUUGUCAUCGUGGCUCUCGCACCUAUCGUUAUCUUAAGUGGGUGGGGACAAAUGGUUUUAAUCAGUCGCAUCACAGACAAGUCUAACAAGGCUUUGGAAGAGGCGGUGGCGCACGCCAUCCAAACCAUCUCGAACGUUCGGACUAUGGCCGCCCUGACACUGGAGCAGGAGUUCUACCAGAUGUUCGUCAGCAGACUGGAGAAGGCGCCACACAAGUUCAGUAGUGACGUCAUCGGCAGUGGGGUUGUGUACGGGUUUUUUCUGGCACUGCCCUAUUUCUCCUUCUGUGUGAUGUUCGCGACUGGGUAUCUUCUAGUUGAAACAGGGGAGUUGCCGUUUUAUGAUAUGAUACGAGUUUUCUCGUUUGUGACGGUGUCCGUGUUCACCUUGACACGGAUCGUGGUCCAGAUACCGGACACCACACUCGCCAGACUGGCGGCCCAGACCAUCUUCGAGUCAAUGGACAGCGCUCCUAGCGUGGCGGAUAGUCAGGGGGGAUCUGUGAAACUUGAUGGGGAUUCAUUUAAAAGCGCGAUUCAGUUUACGGGAAUUCGCUUCCGGUAUCCCAUGCGAAAAGAAGUUCAGGUAUUAAAUGGCCUUGACCUAGAAGUACGUCCCGGACAAACGCUGGCGUUGGUGGGUGGAAGUGGAUGUGGGAAGAGCACCAUUGUGCAACUAAUAGAGAGAUUUUAUGACGCCCAGGAGGGCAGCAUUCUAUUGGACAAUCACAACAUCCUUGACCUUAACGUUCAAUGGCUGCGUAUGCAAAUCGGCCUGGUGUCACAAGAACCAGUCUUGUUCGACAGAAGUCUGGCUGAGAACAUCGCUUACGGGGACAACACGAGGGAGGUGGGCAUGGAGGAGAUCAUAGAGGCAGCUCGGACAGCUAACAUACACACGUUUAUACAGUCUCUGCCCUCGGGCUACGAAACAAAUGUGGGUAAUAAAGGGACACAACUUAGUGGAGGACAAAAACAAAGGGUAGCAAUCGCGAGAACUCUGCUGAGAAAUCCAAAGAUUCUUCUACUAGACGAGGCCACGUCAGCUUUGGAUACUGAGAGUGAGAAGGUAGUGUUGGAAGCGUUGGACAAGGCCAGGGAAGGUCGCACGUGCAUCACCAUAGCUCACAGGCUGAGUACCAUCAGAAACGCAGAUCGCAUCGCAGUGUUAAAGAAAGGCGUGAUCCAGGAGUUGGGCACACACGAGCAGUUGAUGGCGAGUCGUGGGGCGCUGUAUCGUAUGAUGAAAGCCCAGACCAAGAGAUCAUGUGAGGACAAGGUUUAG